AAAAUAGUACACCGGAUGUAGCACUGCGCUAACUUUCUGAAACGGAAGACGUACGAUGUAGGUGUUGUACGUUAAGAGCACGAACGAAAUAGAAAUUUACAUUUUUUUUUACAUUACCCAAAGAGGAAAAGCUGAUUUUAUAUAAUUUCAUAUCAGUUCCAGAGUUCGUGAUGUUUAACAGACAGAACAGCCUUUGGAUGGGGGAUUUGGACCCAUAUAUGGAUGAGAACUUCGUCAAACAGGCCUUUAGUGCUAUGGGAGAAUCACCGCUGGGAGUCAAGAUCAUCACUCACAGGAUAACCGGUGGUUCGGCAGGAUACUGCUUUGUGGAGCUGGCAGACGAAGCGAGUGUCGACCGCUGUGUGCAACGGCUCAAUGGAAAACUGGUUCCAGCAUCAAACCCGCCCCGGAAGUUUAAGCUAAACUUUGCUACCUACGGUAAACGACCAGAGGCGGGGCCGGAGUUCUCUGUGUUUGUGGGGGACUUGGCCUCUGAAGUGGACGACUACCAGCUUCAUCAGCUAUUUAAGAAGUACCCAUCCUGCAAGGGGGCCAAAGUAGUCACUGACCAGUACGGGUACUCGAGAGGCUACGGCUUUGUUAAGUUUGGAGAUGAGAGCGAGCAGAAGAAGGCCAUUGAGGAGUGCCAGGGUACAGUGCUGGGGGGGAAGCCUCUCAGGCUCAGUAUUGCUGUAGCAAAAAGUCAGAAGAUCACAAACUACCAAGCAAGUCAAGGCCAGAAUUAUAGCAACUACAACCAAACACAGCCUGGCUACUAUGGCGGUCAAACAGGUGGAAAUCAAGGCGGCUACUACCCUCAGUGGGGCGGCUACGACCAGUAUGGCGGCUACAACAGCAGUGGCUAUGGAGGCUAUGGAGGCGGCUACAACAGCGGCUACAAUAGUGGCUACAGUUAUAAUUAUGGGCCCUAUGGAUACCCCCCACCAGGUCACAUGAUGCCACCGCCCCCCAUGGGGAUGCCACCUGUAACCACCGACGUGACAGAAGCUGUAGAGGGCCAAGAGCAGGUCGAACAGACUGAGGAUGAUAAUGAAGAAGAACCCAUCCCUGAAUGUGACACGGAGCUGUGGAACAAAGAGUUUAUGCAGCGCAGUGAGGAGCUUUAUGACGCCAUGAUGAACUGUCACUGGGAGCCACUGGACUCUAUAGAAUCCCCCAUCCCCACCCUUUGAUCGAUUUUGUCUUUCUCUGUUAAAAUAAGAUUUUAUAUGCUUUAAAAUAUGCCACCACAUUAACAUCCUAUAAAAGCCAGCAAGAGUUUGACUUCUGCAGACACAGACAUUCACUCUAUGAUAUUGUUUACCAUGUUGGUAACAAACAGGACAUUUGUUAAUAGUGUGUUUACGGAGUGAAACUGUCUGCAUACACCAGAGAAUCAAACGUUCUGAGGCCGAUUGGCACUCUGAAGUCGUUGUUACAUAAUUGGAUGUUGUGUGUUUUUUUUAUCCCGUGAUGAAGAACAAAGCACAGGCUCUUUAUUGUUGUUGUUGAUUCAUGUUGAAAUAACCAGAAAAAUGUUCUUGUCAGAGUUUUCUCCAAACAACAACAACAAAAAAAAAGAAAGCCACGCCUUUUGUUUGAUUGUUCCAUUGGUUCAGUAUGGUCGCUAGCAUUUUUCACAUUUACUGUUUCGGUUCAUAAGGACUUCUAGGCUUAGAUAAUUUUAUUUGUAUGUGGUCAGCAGUUUGGAACGAUGGUAUAGAGGUCAGCAUAUAAACUAAAAUGUUGACAAGCUGAGAGCUCAUCGUGGUACGUCCUCCAGAGACGUCUCAUUGGUGGAACUAAGGCUGGAUAACGGAUGCAUUUGUGUUCUGAUCUUUAAUAAUAUUUUGUAUAUAUUUUUUUCUGAAGAUGUUUUAUAAAAUAAAAUUGGGUGAAGCUGA